AGGGCGAUUUCCCUUUUCGUGCGCUUGGCUACGAGUGGAGGGAGCCCGAAGCCACACAAAAGGUUGCAAAAGGGGAGCUGGGUGGUGGGAAUGGACUAGGGGCUAAUUAAGGCAGAGUAGCCAUCUUGCGUGUGUGGCUUCGCGAGAGGGGUCUUCCCUCGGCAGUUUAUUCGAAGGGCACAGGAAGCUUGCGAUAGUUCCUGUCUGAGAAUGAAAGAUUGUAUCAGACCUAUCGGGAGAAACUAUUUUGCACUUCUUAAGCUUCAAGGCGAGCCGAAACAAUCGUUGCCUUCUUUGAAACAGUGAAGUUAUCCCUCUGCCGUCUUCUGUGCUUUGUAGAAUUUGCCAGUUUGCGGCUCGCUUCUUAUCUAGAGUAAUCUCAUCAAAGUCUCAUGGUUCUCUAUCCGGGCUUCUCGAAGGAAAGAAAGAACACCAAAGGUUACUGCAUGAAUAUUUGCUUUUGGACCAACAGAAACUCUUUGAGAAUCAAAAAUGCCAAAGCCAGUGAAUGUUCGUGUUAUAACUAUGGACGCAGAGCUGGAGUUUGCCAUCCAGCCUAAUACUACAGGCAAACAGCUGUUUGACCAGGUGGUCAAGACUAUAGGCUUACGUGAAGUGUGGUACUUUGGUCUUCAGUAUGUUGAUAAUAAAGGGUUUUCAACCUGGCUGAAGCUUGAAAAAAAGGUCUCUGCUCAAGAUGUCAGGAAAGAGAACCCUCUGCAGUUCAAAUUCCGUGCCAAGUUCUUCCCUGAGGAUGUGCCUGAGGAGCUGAUCCAGGAUAUCACGCAAAAGCUGUUUUUCCUGCAGGUGAAGGAGGGAAUUCUUAGUGAUGAGAUCUACUGCCCACCUGAAACUGCAGUCCUCCUUGGAUCUUAUGCUGUGCAAGCCAAAUUUGGAGACUACAAUAAAGAAGUGCACAAGUCUGGAUACCUCAGUUCUGAACGUCUGAUUCCCCAAAGAGUUAUGGACCAGCACAAACUGUCUAGAGAACAGUGGGAAGAACGGAUCCAGGUCUGGCAUGCUGAGCAUGGUGGAAUGCUCAAAGAGAAUGCCAUGCUGGAAUACCUGAAGAUUGCCCAGGAUCUAGAGAUGUAUGGAAUCAACUAUUUUGAAAUCAAGAACAAAAAAGGGACAGAACUCUGGCUAGGGGUAGAUGCACUUGGGCUGAAUAUUUAUGAGAAGGAUGACAAAUUGACCCCCAAAAUUGGCUUCCCUUGGAGUGAGAUUAGGAAUAUCUCUUUCAAUGAUAAGAAGUUUGUUAUAAAACCUAUUGACAAGAAAGCACCAGAUUUUGUGUUUUAUGCUCCUCGUCUUAGAAUUAACAAGAGGAUCCUGCAGCUGUGUAUGGGAAACCAUGAGUUGUAUAUGCGUCGUAGGAAGCCUGACACCAUUGAGGUCCAGCAGAUGAAAGCCCAGGCCCGUGAAGAAAAGCACCAGAAACAGCUGGAAAGGCAACAACUAGAAAAUGAAAAAAAGAAGAGAGAGACUAUUGAGAAGGAAAAAGAGCAGAUGUUAAAGGAGAAAGAAGAGCUAAUAGUGAGACUGCAAGAGUAUGAACAGAAGACACAGAAAGCAGAAAAAGAGCUGUCUGACCAAAUCCAAAAAGCAAUGCUGCUUGAGGACGAAAGGAAAAGGGCUCAGGAGGAAUCUGAACGUCUGGAGAAUGAGCGUUUGGCUGCACUGCAAGCUAAGGAAGAACUAGAGAGGCAAGCUGCUGACCAGAUGAAGAGCCAGGAGCAGCUGGCUACAGAACUUGCAGAAUACACAGCAAGGAUCGCACUUCUGGAAGAGGCAAGAAAACGCAAGGAGAGUGAAGUGGAAGAAUGGCAGCACAGGGCUAAAGAAGCCCAAGAAGAUCUUGUAAAAACAAAAGAGGAGCUACACUUAGUGAUGACUGCUCCACCACCACCUCCUCCACCAGUGUAUGAGCCAGUGAACUAUCAUGUCCAUGAUAAUCUUCAAGAUGAAGGAAUGGAGACAUCUGGCUACAGUGCAGAAUUCUCAAGUGAAGGCAUAUUAGAUGAUCGCAAUGAAGAAAAGCGUAUUACUGAAGCUGAAAAGAAUGAGCGUGUUCAGAGGCAGCUGAAGACACUGACUGAUGAACUUGCCCAAGCAAGAGAUGAGAACAAGAAAACCCAAAAUGACAUCAUCCAUACCGAGAACAUGCGGCAAGGGCGUGACAAGUACAAAACACUGAGACAGAUUCGACAAGGCAAUACCAAACAGAGAAUUGAUGAAUUUGAAGCUAUGUAAAAGCACCAAGAAGGCAAGACUCUGGGAAAUGCAGAUCUUGAAUACAGACUUUUCUUUCUGAAAGGUCACUGAACAGACACACCAAAUAAUAUCCCCACAUCCUAUUUCUCUCAAAUGCUACCUGAAUUUAGCAAACAUCAACUUCAACUUUAAUAAGUGUAUAAGGUUUGUUGCCAGAGAAUAUCAGUCAAAUCUUAGAAACUUCACAUUUGGCCAUAUCCUGGUGCCAAAAGGUCUUUCUGAUGUCCAUGUUUAAGAUUUGUGUGCUGCUUGUUAACACUCUUAACAGGCACUUGCACUAUGGCAGAUACAUCAAGACUAAAAAAUAAAUAAUAAAUCUACUGUUAGCGUGGUGUGCCAUGUUUCUUAUUGUUAACCAUUACAAAAAAUUGGACUGACUACACAGGAUAUAGGGCUAUAAAAUACUUCAAGGCUGCCAUGUAAUCCCCACCCCCCAGUUGCAGAAAUGAGUACGUCUGAGAGAAGUUAAAUUACCACCAUUUAAUCUGGAGACAUCCACAAUGACCACUUCUAUAUUGGUACACUUGGAUGACUGCCUCCUUGUGUAAGAAGUGGUCAGGAAUAUUGUCAGCCUUCUGCCUGAUUGAAAUGUGGUUCUCCAGCUUAACCAAUCAGCUGUAGUGUAGUAUUUAUAUAUAGAUAUUAAAAUGUAAGUGCAAAUAUGAAUUAUAAUUCUAGUUUGAAAAGAGAGGAUAAAAGUUUUUGCUUUGUAUAUUUUGUUACCUCUUUCAGAUUUAAUAUUAAAAGAAUAACAUGUUAGAAAUAAUUAUUCUUUACUGCAAAGGAGUGUAGGAAACUGAUUACUAUCUAGAACACAUUUGUAAAGGUGAUUUUUUUACUUUAAAGAAAAUUGUGAUACAUGCCUAUGAUUCAGUAUAUGCAAUUUCACUGUACCUAUUUUUUCUAACAAUUUUUGAUUUUUUUAAAAAAUGGUAUCAUUUGAGACUCCAAACAUGAAGGGAACUUCUGACAGCUUUUUAUUCUCUAUUAAAGAGUGUUUCUAUGGAUUUUCUCCACCACUUUUCCCAUAUUAGUCUUCAUCUCCAAAACAAUUCCUUCUUAAAACUCUGGAAAUCUGCUAGAACACCAGAGUAUGGUAUUAGUUUGGUUCUACAUAAAACUCCUUAUGAUGCUUUGUACCCUUAAAGUUUAAACCUUCAUAUCAUGGGAUUUGUUUGCAAUUCACCAACAAAUAAAAAAAUCUGGAAUGCAA